AUGAACAAAGAACACAAAAACAAGUGGACAUGUCAAGAAUGUGAAAUUAGGAAUCCAAAAGUGGGAAACACAAAUACACAAGAUCUGCAACAUGAUAGUAAUAUAGUUACGGCCGACGACAAUUGUGAUGAGGCAAUUAAUGUUACCCUUCGGAGUAAAAAUCGGUCUCCUUCCAAACGUGAUACUACUACUGCUGAGUUUUCUGAUCGUUGUGGACAUUUAUCCGUUAAGGAUCAGGCUAGCGAAGUGAUCAAGGAACUUAGGCCAUCAAUGUUUAAGGGAAUUCUAAAGUCUAAGCUUGCCACUAUUAAACAUGAUCUCCAGGAACUUACUAAUACCGUUUCAUUUCUUAGCGGACAGUAUGAUGAUAUGAAUCAGCCGAUUGUGAAGCUGACUACAGAUAAUAAUACUUUAAAGGCGGACAACAGCAAACUAAAAGCUACUAUUGUGGACGUUACUGAGAGAUUGAAUAAUGUAAUCAAAAAAAUUCUGACUCUGCACAUAUAUAUGUUAAGAACCAUGAUAACAUACGACUGA